AUGUGUCCGCCAUUACUGGUUUUAACAGAAAAACCGCUGUUGAUUUACAACGUGAAAUUUGACAUCAGGCAGUGGUUUCUUGUGACUGAUUGGAAUCCACUUACCCUGUGGUUUUAUAAGGUAAAGAUUGAACAAGCUUCUAAGGUCAUAAUCGUCAGGAGAUCUGAUGACUCAGCGGGCAAAAAUCUAGGACAGAUUUUUAGAAACUGCGACGCGGAGCUAGAAUAGUUCCUUCCGUGUUAUUUCCAACAGAAAGCACUGCUCGUACAUCGUUAAUUCUGUAAGGCAUUUAAUGAGAAUUGUGUAGUACUUACCACGUGUUCUAAAGACUUUACUUGAGAAAUUAGCCAUUUGAAUGAGUAGGUUUAAAGUCUGAAGCACCAUGUCUUUUAAAUUAAUCGUUUUGUUUCAGAAACGUUCAAUUACCAGUAUAUGCAUUGAAUUUUUAACGUUGUUAACUUCUCUCUCUAGGAUUGCUACAUCCGAUUCUGCAGUCAAAAUUUUUCUCUGGAGGACUUUCACGUGUAAGAUUCCUUUGCAUUUUUUCCUCAAAUUUACAAUUUUUCGAUUCUUGCAUGACUUCAAAUUUCUGUCAUUUCUGUAUCUACAGAAGCAUACACUUGGCCAAUAACUCCAUCCAGAAACACUUUGAGAACAGUGGAAUUCGCGACAAGCGCAUCCCAGAGGAUAACAUGUGGAGUAGCGAUGAUCUAAAGGCGUACCUCAAGUCAGUCCAGCUGUUAAUAUCUGUUUAUUAACCCAAUAAAAUUGAAAAGGCUCAAAAAUUACCUUUAUGAAACUGAUUAACUUAACCACCGUGAGAACAGUUUGAAUAUUUUUAUGCAAAUAGCCUUUUUUAGGACUUAAUCUGGAUUGUUUAGUUAGUACAAGAGCCACUUACGUAUAUACUGACAUAUUGAAUAUACUCUCACACAGUGAAUAAACCACAGUAAAAUACUGCUCGUUAGCUUUCAAUGUGUUUUGAUUGUUUAACUCUGAGUAAAACCCUUCCCCUCUCGUCAGUCAAGUGUUGAAUCUUUUAGCUCUGCCAAAUUGUGAAUGGAAGAAAGUUACUGCUCAGUAUCUGAUGAAUUCGUGCCUAGACUUGAAAGUUAGGACCGCUGUUUACUUCACAACAAAUAGUACCACAGAAAAGUGUUGCCCCGGGUUUGAAGGAGAGUUUUUAUACAGGCUGGAGUCCAAGGGUUAUGGGCUCCUGAAAGAAGCAAGUCAGAGCAUAUUCAUUACUUCGUUAAUACAUGUAACAGGUACAUAGGUUAGGCCAAAAGGUGACAAACGUUCUCGAGAGAGUAUCGUCAUCACUUCACACAGAAAGCGAGGUUAUAUUCUUCUGGUUCACAUGAUAGCUUUUUAGACGUUAGAAGACGUUUAGAUGUUUGAAAACAAAUCUUCUCAGAUAACACAAUAUAACAUGUCUUGAAAACCUGACGAGUUUGUGAAAUGUUGUCCUUGUAGGAAGAGGGGUGUGGGUGAAAUGUGGGAAGAUGUGAUUUAUCCUGGAAUGAAGAAGGCCGUAAUCUUCGCUGUGCAGUCUUGUCAGGAGAUCGUGGAAUAUCGCAAGGUAAUGCUUGACUCAGAACCUCUCAGAACGUACUGUUAGGCCCUGUGUUCCCCAACACAGAAGGAAGAGAUCGCAUAGAGUCAACAAGUAAAGGGCAUGCUCGUCUGCAUAUUAACAUUGGGAUAACCCUCUACAUCGUCUGAGUUGCAUCAGUUGAAACUACUGCCCACGCAAGUCUACAGAUAGCUACCUUAAAGCUGAAUAAUCGAUAAACUGUUCUUGUGAUUUUCUUGUCAGAAUUCGUUCGAGCUUUAUGGCGCCGAUUUCAUCAUCAGUGAGGACUACAAACCGUGGCUGGUAAGUAAAAUUAGUAAAUCACAUUCAAAAAAGUCUAUUUUUGAAAGCCCUCAGAAUUGUUCUCUCCAAGAAUUUAAACUUGACCUCCCACGAUUAAACGAAUUCCGCGAAUGUAGGAUUGCGACGCGAGAAAUGACUCGGGAAUUUUGCGAUCUCACCACCAACUGGUUAAGUUAGUUUAGUAACUUAUAUGUAAAAUGCUAUCUUACAUGCCCAUUAGUCGAUAUACCAAGAGUUCUUUUCGCCCCUAACUUUCUGUGGUUGCCACCUUUUCGUUCUUGUAGCUGGAAAUAAACUGUAGCCCUACAAUGGGACCAAGCACGGCUGUUACUAGAAAACUGUGCGCUCAAGUCUUAGAGGACACCAUGAAAGGUACGAGCACUACCUCGAACGAAUUCUUAUUUAGAAGUUACAAAUUGGAAGCAAAAUAGUACGAGCAGAUGCUGGGCUGUUAAACCUCAUCCGUGAAACGAUGAUCUGACAUGGACAUUUUGCUAAUUACAGACCCUUUUAUUUGGUCAAUUAGUACUUGCGGGAUAAAGGACUUCAAGGGAAUUCUAAAAUCACGAGUUCUCUGUGAUUUGGGUCUUUCUUGGCCUGUUGUGCGUGCGCCACAAUGUGCGAAACUUGUAGCGACCAUUAAGAAUGACGCAAACAUAAAUCUAUAUUGUAAUGCCUAUACAGCGACAGGACACCCAAGGAACCUCAGGAGAACCAAAGAUUUAUUUGCCGCUCGCUUGAGGGGGGGGGGGGGGGGGGCGCACAAAUAGACGCAAAGUGGGAAGCCAGAGAUUUUUCGCAGUUUCAAUUAAAACCCACCAACACUUUUUUUAUGUUGACCAUCACGGUUGGAUUUUAAUAAAACACAAAGAAAAUAAAAAAAAUACCACCNAGUAGAGAUGAUAAUGGCAUGUGAUAACUAUGCAGAGCUUUGAAACUCUUCUUACUCUAAUUCUUCAUAUCAUUAAUAAUCUAUAAAGAGAAUAAGAGUGAUAAUGGUUUUAAUACCCAACCUGAGUGGAGGGCGGUAAUUCCCAUUUUAAAUGGACGGUAAAAUUAAACCCCUAAGGAAGACCAGUAUGGGCGUAGUUAAGGCUAUAUUUGAGAUUGUACGAAAUAAAACAGACAACCACAUAAGAGCCAUGGUGACUUUCAAUGUGCAAAAGCACAAUAUGAAGGUGCUUGGUUUAUUUUAAAUGGUUAAGUAUGCAGAACUUUAAGCGACGACGUAUGGGUGAAAUAUGAGUCCUCAGUCCUCAACACUCAAAGGGAGACGAAAAUCUGCUAUUUAAAUCCCUUCGCGAGAUUCAUCCCUUCCUUUUCAUAUGAUUUUGAUCCAAAAAUUUGGGGCAAACAUUUCAUCAAGGAUUGAUCGGUAGAGACACACCUUUUUUUAUCCCACCUCUCGAUGUAUAUUCCAGUGAAACAAUCUUCGUGUUUAAUAUGGUGCAUAUAAUUUGCCUUUUUCAGUGGUCCUCGAUCGACGAGAUGACAAGAAUUGUGAAACAGGAAGAUACGAGCUAGCGUUUAAGCAGGUACCUUUCUGCAUGAUCGUGCUUUUAAGUAAUAAAUUCUUAUUCCUUUCAUCUCUCGGGCGAAACAUUAGCAGGACAAAAUGAAAAAUGUUUUUAGUCGACUCGAGAGGUUAGUUUUCGUUUGUUCUUUUGUAGCCACAAGUUACAGCGCCCCCAUAUAUUGGUAUGAGUAUGGCUGUGGAGGGCCAGGGACUCCGAAAGCCACCAGAAAAAUCCAGGAGACAUAGCGAUGUCACAUCACCCAGGACAGCACCUGCAUCGAAGCACAAGGAGACCUCAACUGAACCCAGUAACAGCAAGCCCACGAUUGUAUCUCAACCCCAACAAACUGCCCCAGAGAGCAGCAGUGUUAAAAUAACUUCACUGUCGCGACCAAAAGAGUCACGUAUUGUCAUUGCGAGCUCUUCUGGAGAGGUUUUAGAGACAAGUAAUUGUAAGAAACGAGUAGAUGUUAAGAAUAGCGGUAACAUAAAGAAACCCGAAGGUUCUUGGGCAGUCGGAUGUAUGUGUCCGCCGCCACAGUCAAUUCCAAUUGCAACGACGUUCUGUACAACAGACGAUGGAAAGCUUAAAGGACUUAUUACCAGGAGUAAACCUCAGUAUUCUGGCGAAGCGGAUGUGGCCCAUGGCGCUGACGUUCAACAACGUUCUGCGCCAAAGGCGAUGAAAAUACCUACAGCAGUGCUCAAGUACUCCUCUAGUGACAAGAACAUGCGCCAUCGAACGCAGCUGCCUAUUUCAAUAGGUCCAGAUAGUAAUGGAAAGCAUUUCUAG